AUGACAAACAACGAUGUUGAAAGCCUUAAUAACGUAGUAGAAGAAUUUCGGAAAUAUCCAAUCACUACUCUAGUUGAGUUCAUAAGGUUGGCACUUCAAAGUUGGUUCGCUGCCCGUCUCAAAAAGGCAAGUAAGUGUGCUACCCCUUUGGCAACUAAUUUUAAGGAAGAUUUGGUAGCACAACACAAGGAUGGUAGGUUCAGAAGCAUCCAACAUAAUAGUGCACAUUUGUUUAACGUUGGUAGAGGUUCUGAGGGUGAAAGAGGUGAUGAUGUCAACUUAGUUGAGAAAACAUGCACAUGCGACAUGUUCCAAUUGUUAAAAAUUUCUUGUGCCCAUGCAUGUGUAGCGGAAAUUACUCAAAAUGUCAGCGUGUAUGCUCUUACCUCCCCCUAUUACACAAAAGAGACGUAG